CUUCGAGGCGGGCGCUCCGAGGCUAGUGGGAAGGAGAAGGGAUCUGGAGCGGGAGCUGAGGGGAGGGAGAGGCCGGUCCGGGUCUGGCCGCUGCCGCUGCUCGCCGGAGGUCUCCAGGCCGGGCUGCGGCUCAGUCCUCGGCUCCGGGCCACCGUCUGCGAGGCUCCGCCGGGCCAGCGUGGGAGAGCCGCGGGCGGCGGCCGCCGCAUCAUGUCAGCCAAGGACGAGCGUGCCAGGGAGAUCCUGAGGGGCUUCAAACUAAACUGGAUGAACCUUCGAGAUGCUGAGACAGGGAAGAUACUCUGGCAAGGAACAGAAGACCUGUCAGUCCCCGGAGUGGAGCAUGAAGCUCGUGUCCCCAAGAAAAUUCUCAAGUGCAAGGCAGUGUCUCGAGAAUUGAACUUCUCUUCAGCAGAGCAAAUGGAAAAAUUCCGCCUGGAACAAAAAGUUUACUUCAAAGGGCAAUGCCUAGAAGAAUGGUUCUUCGAGUUUGGCUUUGUGAUCCCUAACUCCACAAACACCUGGCAGUCCCUGAUAGAGGCAGCGCCCGAGUCCCAGAUGAUGCCAGCCAGCGUGCUAACUGGGAAUGUUAUCAUAGAGACAAAGUUUUUUGACGACGAUCUUCUUGUAAGCACAUCCAGAGUGAGACUUUUCUACGUUUGAGAGAAGAAUGUAUGUGCAUUUCAAGAAUUUGGGUUUUUUGGGGGGGAAGGAGGAAACUGUUUACUUAUUUCCUCCAUACAUUUGAUUUUUGACACUUCCACCCCUAAUUCCCUCUAUGACAAAACCCACCUGAGGCCAUCAGGGGACCAGCUCUAUGUAGGUAACCAGAUGGCAUUUUUCCCUCAAGCCGCCAUCUUCCACUGACCAGACUUAACUCCCCACCUCGGACCAGGGCAGAGGGCAUGCCUCGACUCCUUCCCAGGGUAAACACAGGGACAGACACGUAGCACGAGCUGAUGCUGUUCCUGUCACCCUCCCUGCCUCUUCCUUCAGGGGACACAUCUUCCUUUGGCCCCUGGUUUUGGAAAAAUUCAUGUUCUUGACCCAUGUUUAGUCUUUUCCUACUGUUUCUAUUUCAUACAUUCUCAUACAUUUAACUUGUAAAAUAGUCUGUGAUAUUAUUAUUACAUAAGGAAUUGAAACAUAUGAAUUAAAAUAUUCCUACAGUCUUUAGCAUGGCACUGCUUUCAUCUCUCCUUUUUCUGGAACAUGAACCUGGCUCCAUAAUGGGACAAAAGACCUUUAUCAGACCGUAGGAUCACAACUGUGUUUUACUCGAGAUUGACUAAUAGAUCUCGUGGUACCUGAGUCCUUCAGUUCCUGUUUCCCAAGAACGUAAAGCAUCCCUGAACAGGACCUCUGACCUUAACUUUGUCUUUUAGACGUGAUAGUUAGUGUUCUCUUCCACAAUAUACAUGCACCCUUUGUUUGUUUGUUUGUUGUUUUUAGUUUUUUCCAUUCCUUUAUAAUGUGCAUUUCUUCAAGAGGUUUCCAGAAAGGGUAGAAGUUCUAAGUUGGUAGAGUAGGGACUCAUAUUCCUAAGUGAGAGAAUAGAAGUUAGAAAAUGAAGAAAAGAUCUCCCUGAAGUUAACUGUGAUCACUGGGAACACAUCCAGGAUGGGGUGGGAUGCUAGGAGGCUUUAAAAACCACCAUCAGAGGAAGCCAGCAUGGGAGAGAAGUGAUGAUUAUAUCUGCAGUGCUUUCGAGUCUGACAUAAGAGAGAAAAUUUAAAAGGGUUCUUUUUUAGGAACUUAACCUCUCACCUACCAGUAGCCUUCAUUGUCCUUUAUAAAAUACCAACAAUUAAAAGUUUCUCAGUUCCCAAAAUAGUAUGGUCUGAGGCUAGAGGAGAGGAGAAUACACCGAGAGACAGGCAGUCCGUGGUGUAGCCCCUGCUCCCGCAUCCUGCUCUCGUGUCUGUUACUGAAGGGACUGUUCGCAUCUGUGGAUGGGGAGUAGUACAUUUUUAGUAUAGUGUUGUCAUCUUUCAGUGACAAUUCUGUUCCUCACGUUAGAUCUGUUGUCUUGAAAAGCUAACUUUUAAUUACCAAAGAUUAGAUUUAAAAAAAAAAAGGCAAGGGAAAAAUGAAUCAAGGUUUCCUUUUGCUUUCUGAAAAUGCCAUCUCUUCUCAGAAUGAACCCGUCUCUGUUUCCUUUGCUUUUCCUGAACCACAUCUGCUCCCAGAAUUCCAUCAGGGAAGGCUGUCAUGGGACUGGACACAGUCUAAUGGAGAGAGGACUUCCCAGGGAAUGCUUUUCCACCUGCUCAGAGCCCCCUUCACCGCCCUUCUCCAGUCACUCAUCUAGCCAAAACUGUCAGGGACACCCUUCUUUGCCAGCUGCUCUGAGAAAAACAAAAAGUAUUAUAUAACCCUGUCACUCUUAGAAGCUUACCCUCUCUUUAGGUAACAAUACAUAUGCUCAGGAAAUAUUUAUCAUUUUAGCACGAAACAAGGCAAAAAAGCGCAUGCUUCAUUUCCAGUGCUGGCCAAGGGUUCCCAAGCUGUGCAGGUGGGGUCCAAGCUAUCUAGGAAAAUGGCUGAAUGCUGCAUGGUGGGAGGAAAAGGGCAGUGAUGCAAGCCAAGGUGAACACAAGCAAAAGGCGAGGUCAUGGGAGCUGCAGGGACUAGGAACCUGGGUAGGUCAAGGUGAGCCCUUGUAGGGUGGAUGCAGGUCCAAAUGCCUGAACAUCUGAAGGUUUUCUGGAGAUGUUCAAGUCCACAGAAUGGUAUUGGAAGGAGAUGCAUACAGACCGGGUGCGUACAGCCACUAGCUCUCAAACACUUAUGGGACCUGCCCCAUCCCCCAAGAUUCUGAUUGAGACAUCUGCCUGGGGAAGCACCCUGGUGAUCCAGAUGCAGCUGGCCUGUGGCCCACACUGAGAAAUCCUGGUAGAGCCCUUAGUUUACACGGCGGCCAUAAGAUAAGGUCUCCAGGCAGCAUUCUUAAGGAACAAAGCGGGGCCCCAGUCUGACCUGUGCAGGCUGAGGGGAAGCGUUCGGUUGUGCAGUGCAGUCAGUGUGACCUUCAGAGUCUGUGUGGGGAGGAGAGGACAGAAGAACCCCAGGCAGCACAGUCUUGGAGAAAGAUUUGGGAGAACUCAGACCCUUCCGGACGUACAUUUCUAUGUAGACGGUUUUGGUUAAGGUUUCCAGUGUGAUGUGCCCUAGACCUGCUCGCUCAUCCAACUCCAUCUGUGUUACUUGUUUGGAGCGCUGGACUUCAGUGAUGGGGCAUGUGGUGAAGCAGUGAGUCCAGUCCUCACUGGGCAUGAGGGGGUUGGAGGAAGCAAAGUCUACCCAAGGGGAUCUAGCCAUGCUCAGGUCACACUUCUAGGCCUAUGAUGCAUAUCAGUGAGAUGUCAUGCGAGGCACAGGCCUGCUUUAGUGAGCUUUGUCUCUAGUGGAGGGCUAUGACAAGUAAUUAUAAAUGCCUACCAUAAUGGAAGGUGGAAAUUUAAAAAGAGAUUAUACAUAACUCAGAAAAAUCAGGAAAGCCCUCUCUCUUCUCUGGUUCCUUCAACUCUCAUUCUACCAGACAUUUCAGUCACCUCAAAAAAUAAAUACAUUUUUAAAAUAAGGCUUUCCUUUCGUCCUGUGUCACCUUCAGUUCUUGCUCUGUCCUUCUCUUUCUCUACAGAUCCAGGCUUCCUGGAACUGUUCACUCACUCUUUCCACUCCCUACCUCAUUCACAGUUCAACCCACUGCUGUCUGACUCUGGCCAGUGGACUCCUUCGAGACAUCAGUGAGCUCCACUGAUCCACUGCCCCUCAGGCCUCCUUGCUGUAGCUGCUCCAUUGCAUUUUUUUUACUUCUCCCAGAAAUUCUCUUCUUGGAUUCCAGGAGCCCCUUUCCUGGGUGUUCUGCUCCUUUUUCCUUUGCAGGAGCUUAAUUUCUUAUAGCUGCCUUGGUGGAUUUGGGGUUUCUCUUUUAGCUAUUGUGUAUUGAGAACAUGCUGUGUGCACAUUCUUUAAACAUUAUACAUUCACCUCACGCAUAGUGACUGAGCACUUUUUAUGUACCAGACACUGUUCUAAAUGGUGGAGAUAUUUGCUGGACAAGAUAAGUGAAGGCCCUCCCAUUAGAUUCUAAUGAGAGGAGACAGAAAGCAGAUAAUUUCAGAUAGUAUGCAGCGCUCUGAAGAAAACAGGACAGGAAAAUGGCAGCAUCAAUCUGGAGUGAGCAGGUGAAGAAACGGAAAGAAAUCAGCAGCGAACAGCUUCUAAUCACCAAAACAGGACUGAUGAGUCCUCAGUAGGCCAACAGCCUGGAAAGCCAGGCUCUACUCGAAAGAAGAGCUUUUUUUUAAACCUUAAAACUAUCAUCAACAAAACAACAACCAGGUGUGCAUACUUGAUUGUCUAGUUUCCUACAAAGAACUCGGGAUAUGAUAGGAAAGGCCCUGCAUCUUCCAGCCUGGCAUAGUAUGGAGAGAAGGGAGAAAGCAGGACAAAGAGGUCCUUGCUCUCCUUCAUCCCCCAGGCGUGGGUGGGAGGCGCGGGUAGAAACACCUGUGCAGGUGUGGGGGAAAGACGAGAACUUCUGGAGUUUAGAGGGGAGGGUGGGCUGCCCACUGUCCAGUAGGCCGAGGCCUGUUUUGUCUUCGUAAGCAUCCCCUGCACUGUCCUCCAUGCCCACUCUCCCUGCCUCAUUUCCUAUAAGCAUCUGGGCCCUGUCCAGCCGAUGGCACUGGCUCCCCUUCUGAAUUGUCCUUCACAUCACAACCAGAGAGAGCCCAAGAUGUGCAUCUGACCACCAAUCCCUCUGUACUGUCAAGUUUAUUUUUAGAGCUUCUUGCUAUUGACCUGGUAAUUGCUUUGCAGCUUUCAAAAUGCCCUGUUAAAAUGGUCCUCAAAAUGAAGACAUCAUCUGGCUUAGUUCUUUUUGGUGAUUUUAUUUGGUCCAAAACUGAGCAGCUUUGACUAUAGCUUUGAAUAGGCUGAGGGGUAGAAUGGAGUAGAGUAGUGAGAGGUAGAGCCUGGUGAAUACAUCUGGUUCUCAAACUAUACACCAAGGCACCCCAGAGUACUGCAGCAAACUCACAGGAGUGCUGCCGGAUCUUUGAAGCAUAGUACACGGGACAUCUGUCAUGCACCGUUCCAACUGUUAGCUCAAGAUAGUUCAGUUUCAACAUUAGAACACACUCCAUCCUUCUUCAUGAGGUAUCUUUGGGAAACCGGGUUUUUGAAGGUUUGGGUUAUAAGAAGCAAGUACCCCUCAAAAAUCAUUGUGAACAGGAAAUGAGGGUGGUGGUGUCCAAUCUGAUUCCGAGGUUUGAGAAGCUGUGCAAUGCCCAAUAGGCACACACCCCAUUUAGUAAGCCAUUGUAAUUAUAAAUGAAAUAAAAAUUUUUCUCUCAA